AUGCUCACUUCGUCGCAGCUUUAUGCCCGGGCGGCCACCUUCGCCGCUCUCUCCGUCGCGGCACUAGCUCUCGCCGUGUCGUAUAUCUACUGCCCCAGCGGAAGUUUCUGCGGCGACUCUCACUACAAGUACCUCGUCCCGUUGCUGAUUCCCGUAACGGCGUGGUUUGCGAUUGCGAAUUGGAUCGGGUGGACAUACUUCCGCUUCGCCUAG